GUAAUACAUCAACGUAGGCUGAUCUUUGUGUUUCUAAAUCGUGUAGUCACUCUGGGAAACGAGCAGUCAUCCUGAAUAGCAAAGAAGUGUUUUUUCCAAGUUUUUUUAUUUAGACGUAUACAACAACAGCGUCAAAAUGUCUAUUAUGUCCUACAAUGGAGGGGCCGUCAUGGCCAUGCGAGGGAAGAACUGUGUGGCGAUAGCAGCAGACCGAAGAUUUGGCAUUCAGGCUCAGAUGGUCACCACAGAUUUCCAGAAGAUCUUUCCUAUGGGAGAGAGGCUCUACAUCGGCCUGGCUGGACUUGCCACUGAUGUUCAGACAGUAGCCCAGAGACUUAAAUUCAGACUGAAUCUGUACGAGCUGAAGGAGGGUCGUCAGAUCAAGCCCAAAACCUUUAUGAGCAUGGUGUCCAACCUUCUGUAUGAAAGAAGGUUUGGACCAUACUACAUCGAGCCUGUGAUCGCAGGACUAGAUCCCAAAACCUUUGAGCCCUUCAUCUGUUCCUUGGAUUUGAUUGGCUGCCCCAUGGUCACAGAAGACUUUGUAGUUAGCGGUACCUGCUCAGAGCAGAUGUACGGCAUGUGUGAAUCUUUGUGGGAGCCAGACAUGGAACCCGAGGACCUGUUUGAGACCAUCUCCCAGGCAAUGCUGAAUGCAGUUGAUAGAGAUGCAGUGUCUGGUAUGGGAGUGGUCGUACACGUCAUUGAGAAAGACAAGAUCACCACACGAACACUGAAGGCCAGGAUGGAUUAGAGCUCUUUCUUCCCGCACUUCACCAACACAACUAUUUUGUAUAAAAUAUUAAACAAUUACAUGUUCUGUCUUUUUCUUAUUCAAUAAAUCAGUACAGGUUAUAAACUUGA